GUUAUGCUACACCACUCGUGUUCCUGUGGGCCAGUCACUCUUUAGAUCUCUCAAACUCACAACACCUCCUUUACUCUCAGCCCGUCUUCCUUUACUGCUCUCCUGAUUCUUCAUCCCUUCUUUAGAACCAUCUCACUCCCUCUAUCAACCAGGAUCUACAAACCAGCUCUUCAAGGAAAUGGCUUCGAAAAAGAAAAUGGGCUACAAGUGUCGCAUAGCAGUAGUGCUGUUUCUCUUGUUGGCCAGUAUUGCUGCCCUCGUUGCUGUUGCUGUCAUCCAGUAUACCUGGAGCAUGAAAGAGUACAGCUUACAGUACGGCAUAGUGAUAGACUCGGGUUCAUCUCGUUCCAAUGUGUACCUGUAUGAAUGGCCGGGGGAGAAGCAGAAUGAAACAGGAGUAGUGUCUGAGAAAAUGAACUGUAGAGUGUCUGGUGUUCCUAUCUCGGAGAUGAAAGUUGACCAACAGAAAGAUGCCGAAGCAUGGAAAGGAUUCAAAGCAUGCAUGGAUGAAGUCAGCAAAGCCAUUCCUGUUGAAAAACACAAAAACACGCCUCUGUUCUUGGGAGCUACCGCUGGAAUGAGACUUUUACAUGAGAAAGAUGAACAGAAGUCCAAUGAAGUCCUGACAAGUCUCAAAGAAUACCUGAGUUCACUGCCCUUCAUGUUCCAAAACGCCUCCAUCAUUACUGGUCAGGAAGAAGGGCUGUAUGGGUGGAUCACUGUCAACUACCUGAUGGGAAACUUUCUAGAAAGAGACAUAUGGAACUCACUUGUACGCCCAGAAGGGGCAAAAACAGUGGGUUCCAUGGACCUCGGUGGGGCAUCAACACAGAUUGCCUUUUCAGUCCAGGAGGCUCACAGUGGGCCAGACUACCUGCAUGUCAAGCUCUAUGGUUACCCCUACAACGUCUACACACACAGCUUCCUCUGCUAUGGCAAGAAUGAGGCUGACAAGAGGGUUCUUGACAAAGUAAUCCAGGGAUCAUCUGACCCAGCCUACAUAAUUAACCCCUGCUACCCUGAAGGUUUCAAUAUCACCAUGAAGGCCUCGUCCAUUUAUGACACAGAGUGCACAAAGAAACCCCAGAACUACAACCCAGAUCAAGAAUUUUUCAUGGUCGGAGUCGCCAACUCAGACGGCUGUGAAAGCAUCGUGAAGUCGAUAUUCGAUUUCAAGACUUGCUCCUCAUCACAGUGUUCCUUCGACGGGGUCGAGCAGCCACCGGUCACCGGAGAUUUUAUGGCGUAUGCCGGAUUCUUCUACACUGCGAGGGCCCUGCUGAUGAACGGCUCAACUGAUCUGGAUCAAUUCAACACCUCAGUUAGGGCCUUCUGCCACACACAUUGGACAGUGCUGAAGCAACAAAGGGCAUGGAUUUCUGAAAGAUACCUCAGGACUUACUGUUAUGCAACUCACUAUAUCCUCACUUUGCUGGCAGACGGAUACAAGUUUGAUGAAGAGACCUGGAAAAACAUUUACUUUGAAAAAGAGGUAAAGCAAACCAGUAUAGGCUGGAGUCUGGGCUACAUGCUGAGUCAGUCCAAUAUGAUCCCGUCUGAAGUGAAAUACAUCAACCCCAUGACAGACCCUGUCUAUGCCGGCCUUAUCUUUCUAUUUUCAGCACUAAUCAUUGUAACUGUGGUCAUAGUUUUCAUCUUCUUCGUUCGCAACUGCUGCUGAGAGUGUAAGUUACAACAAAGUGGAUCAUCUGCCACUGAAAGCCUCGGGGCAGCUGAAGCUCUGUUAGUGGCUGCAGAGCGACACUAGCAUGUGUCGAGGCACUUGUACUGACAGUUACUAAUCAGAAUGUCUUAGCUUGAGCCAUUAACUGCUUUAUUUUUGAGUCUAGCUUUGAGUUACCUUCAGAUGCGAGAUAGCAAACAGCAGCUCUAGAAAAGUGUUUUUAAAAAAAAACAAAAAAAAACUGUUCACUUUGUACCUCAGGGAAGCUUGAAAAGAUUUAAGUAGUUUGUUUUUGUUAUUUUUUGCACUUAGUUGACUGUGAUCAACCAAAGGGUGACACAGUUGUUGUCUGAAUGGCAAACAAAAAGAGCAGCCAGAGACGCCCAUGUGCUUGUUCUUGUUGCACAUUGUGUAAUCUCAAAAUCGCCUCUCUAUCUCAAAAUGAGAUUCUAUAUGUGCAUUCACACAUGAGUGCUGAGAUGGACCCCUAGGCAAGAGCAUGCGUUAUUUACUCACCUACUAACUGUUUUUCUUCUUGUAUUAUACGUGUAUUUGCACUGAAUGCAUCUGCAAACAAAUGGUAGCAUUUCUCCACAGUGUACUUUUUUAUAUUGUGUAUGAACUCUCUGACAGCCAUAGCUACACAACAAUACUCAACAUUUAUUAAACAAAAACCUCCCUAAUAAAUAAUGUAUUGAAUGUGC